AUGCGAUACUAUCAGUACCGCAUGACUGCCUUGAGAGAGAAUGUUGGUCUUCUCGAUAGCAGUGACAUGACACUUGGUCUCGUUGCAAGCGAUGCUGGAGUAACGUUUCUCGCCAGUAUGUCAAUUGGGCAGCCCCCGAUCCCACAGCUUUUGAUUGUCGACACGGGCAGCAGCCUCUCGUGGGUCCAGUGUGCAUCAUGCCGGGGAUGCUCAAGACAGGUCGUCCCGCUGUUCGAUCCAUCAAAAUCGUCGACCUAUGUUGAUAUCCCAUGCACGGCAGGGUCCCAAAUCUGUGGCAAUACAUCUGGAUAG